GGCCAGCCCGCGGCUGGGCGGGGCGCGUUUGGGCCUCGGCUCCUCACGCGCCGCACUCGCAGCUCCAGAGCCCGCGUCGCGGCAAGUCCUGGCGGCGAGUCCCGCCCGCCAGUCAAGGCAGCAGCAGGAGGAGGAGCCGUGGGCGCCGAGGUUUCUCUAUCAAUCACAGAAAAAUGGAUCAUUUAAACCUUUGGAGGAAUUCAUUAUCACAGUACUUCUAUACUACCAACUAAGAUUCAUGGCAGCAAAUUCAUGAUAAUAAAUUUCUACUUUAUAUUAUGGAAUUGCUGAAGACCUAAACAAUGAUAUUCUGUCACAAAAAUAAUCUAUAGUAUCAUGAUUUUGCUAGAUAAAACUAAAAACCACAAUUAAUAUUCUACUUUAAAUUAUUAGACUUGCUAAUACAAACACACAUGUGCAACAGCUACUGUAUUAUGACAGUUACGCAACCUCAGAUUUAGAUGGUUUCUUUUGUGGAAAAAGUCAUUUUAUUUGCAAGAAUCCACUGAACAUUGUCAGAUAUAUUUUCAGCUAAGUGUCAUUAGGAAAAUUUACUUGAAACUGGAGUUCUAGAAAAUUCCAAGUUCUGCCACUAAGUGGAUUUGAUAUUAUGGCAGCAACUUACAGACUUGUGGUCAGUAGUGUGAACCACUACAGCAGUGUGGUGAUAGACCGGCGUUUUGAGCAGGCUAUACAUUAUUGCACUGGAACCUGCCACACUUUCAUGCAUGGAGUUGACUGCGUGGUGGUACAUCAUAGUGUUUGUGCAGACCUCUUACAUAUCCCUGUGUCUCAGUUCAAAGAUGUGGAUCUGAACUCAAUGUUUCUACCCCACGAAAAUGGGCUUUCCUCAGCUGAAAGUGACUAUCCCCAUCAAGCCCUCACAGGUAUACCCAGGAUCAAGAAAGGAUCUGCAAUUCAGAAUACUUGUAACUUAAAGGACAUUGCAGGGGAAGCAAUCAGUUUUGCCAGUGGGAAAAUAAAAGAAUUUUCCUUUGAAAAACUUAAAAACUCUAACCAUGCAGCUUAUAAAAAGGGAAGGAAAGUUAAGUCUGACUCAUUUAAUAGGAGGUCAGUUGAUUUUGACUUGCUCUGUAGUCAUUAUAACAAUGAUGGAAACUCCCCAUCCUUUGGUUUACUCCGGAGUUCCUCAAUGGAGGAAAAAUCUUUGUCUCAUAGAAACUCACUUGAUCUGAACCUGACUUCCAUGCUUCUUCAAAAUUUCUCUGAAGAAGACCUGGUUACUCAGAUUUUGGAAAAACAUAAAAUAGAUAACUUUUCUUCUGGGACAGACAUAAAGAUGUGCUUAGACAUUUUGCUGAAAUGUUCUGAAGAUUUGAAAAAAUGCACAGACAUCAUAAAACAAUGCAUAAAGAAAAAGUCAGGAAGUAGCAUCAAUGAAGGAAGUGGUUAUGAUGCGAUUUCUAGCUCUGAAACUGUCUAUAUGAAUGUAAUGAGCAGAUUAGCAUCCUAUCUGAAAAAGUUACCAUUUGAAUUAGUGCAGUCUGGACAUAAUGAGGCUAUAGAUUUAACAGAACUGGUCAGUAAUAUGCCGAGUUUACAACUGACACCCUUCUCCCCAAUAUAUGGCACUGAGCAGCCCCCUAAAUAUGAAGAUGUUGUCCAGCUCUCAGCUGCUGAGUCUGGGCAGUUUCAAGUUACUGAAUUGCAAAAUGACAAGCACAGUUCUAGGAAAACGGACAAUGUAAAAUCCAUUCUAAAUGAUUCUACAAAUUCCUUAUAUAACUUUGAGGUAAAUGAUCCCAGAACUCUAAAAGCUGUCCAGCUUCAGUCGCAGACGUUAACCAUGAACCCUUUAGAAAAUGUUUCUUCUGGUGACUUAAUGGAGACUCUUUAUAUUGAAGAAGAAUCAGAUGGAAAGAAAGCAUUAGAUAAAGGCCAAAAGACAAAGAAUGGACCCAGUCAGGAAUUGGUAAAGGUAAAUCAAGAUAGAGCAGAAUUUUCAGACCACGGUACUCAUCUUAAAAAAUGUUCUGCCUCAAUGCAAAAUGAAAUUGAUAAGAUAUUUGAGAAACCAGUUGUUAAUCUACCUGAAGAAGACCUUAAAUCAAAAGUUCCUAAAGCUAAAGAGGGAGACCACAGAGAUUUUAUGAAUCCUAACAGUCAGGAAGAGAUAGAUAAAUUGUUAAUGGAUUUAGAAUCUUUUUCACAAAAAAUGGAGACCUCUCUAAGAGAGCCACUUGCUAAGGGUAAAAACUCAAAUUCUCUAAAUAGUCAUAGUCAGUUGACUGGUCAGAUCUCUGUAGAUCUUGAGCCUAAAUCUAAAGCCUCUUCACCUUCAGAAAAAGUUACACCUUCCUGUCUAACAAGGAUCAUUGAAACUAAUGGACACAAAAUAGAGGAAGAGGAUCGAGCCCUCUUACUGCGAAUUCUAGAAAGCAUUGAAGACUUUGCUCAAGAACUAGUUGAAUGCAAAUCAGUCAGAGGGAGCCUAUCACAGGAAAAGGAAAUGAUGCAGAUUCUACAGGAGACCUUAACACCUUCCUCCCAGGCCAAUUUAUCCAUCUGUAGAGGUCCUAUUGGUGAUAAAGCCAAAGACACGACUUCAGUGGUUUUGAUUCAGCAGACUCCAGAGGUGAUUAAGAUUCAAAAUAAAACAGAAAAGAAACCUGGAACACCACUUCCACCUCCAGCUACCUUUCCAAGCAGUCCCCAACCUCUCUCCCCUGUUCCUCAUGUGAAUAAUGUUGUGAACGCACCAUUGUCCAUAAACAUUCCACGGUUCUACUUUCCUGAAGGACUCCCAGACACCUGUAGUAAUCAUGAACAAACUCUGACCAGAAUUGAAACAGCUUUCAUGGAUAUUGAAGAUCAGAAAGCAGACAUAUAUGAAAUGGGCAAGAUUGCAAAGGUCUGUGGCUGUCCUCUUUAUUGGAAAGCCCCCGUGUUUAGGGCUGCAGGGGGAGAAAGGACAGGAUUUGUGUCAGCACAGUCAUUCCUUGAAAUGUGGAGAAAGUUACUGAAUAACCAUCAUGAUGAUGCCUCUAAGUUCAUCUAUCUUCUAGCAAAACCUAGCUGCAGCUAUCUAGAACAGGAGGAUUUCAUCCCUUUACUUCAGGAUGUGGUGGAUACCCACCCUGGCCUUACGUUCUUGAAAGAUGCUCCAGAAUUCCACUCUCGCUACAUCACCACGGUUAUUCAGAGAAUAUUCUACACAGUCAACAGAUCAUGGAGUGGAAAAAUCACUUCUACAGAGAUAAGAAAAAGCAACUUUUUGCAAACUCUAGCCCUUUUGGAAGAAGAGGAAGAUAUAAACCAAAUCACAGAUUACUUCUCCUAUGAACAUUUCUAUGUUAUUUAUUGUAAAUUCUGGGAGCUAGAUAGUGAUCAUGACCUCUACAUCAGCCAGACCGAUCUAUCUCGAUACAAUGAUCAGGCUUCAUCAAGCAGGAUUAUUGAAAGGAUAUUCUCUGGGGCAGUAACAAGGGGAAAAACAGUACAAAAAGAGGGAAGAAUGAGCUAUGCAGAUUUUGUUUGGUUUUUGAUCUCUGAGGAAGACAAAAGAAACCCCACCAGCAUUGAGUAUUGGUUCCGCUGCAUGGACAUGGAUGGGGAUGGUGUACUCUCCAUGUACGAGCUGGAAUACUUCUACGAGGAGCAGUGUGAGCGGAUGGAAGCCAUGGGCAUUGAGCCCCUGCCAUUCCAUGAUUUGCUUUGCCAGAUGCUUGAUCUGGUGAAGCCAGCCAGUGAUGGCAAAAUAACUCUCCAUGAUCUGAAGAGAUGCCGGAUGGCCCACAUCUUUUAUGACACUUUCUUUAAUCUGGAGAAAUAUUUAGACCAUGAACAGAGAGAUCCCUUUGCAGUCCAGAAGGAUGUGGACAGUGAGGGGCCUGAGCCCUCUGACUGGGACAGGUUUGCUGCUGAGGAGUACGAGACUCUCGUUGCGGAGGAGUCUGCCCAAGCUCAGUUCCAGGAAGGCUCCUUUGAAGAUUAUGAGACAGAUGAACCUGUCCCUCCCUCUGAAUUUGGAAACAAAGGCAAUAAAACAGUAACCUCAAACCUUUCAGAGAAAUGUGGAAAGCUUCAGUCAGUGGAUGAAGAGUAG